UAAACCAACCCUUUCAAUUACAAACUCCACCACCCCCCACCAUUCAACUACUAUAUACAUCAUUGUCUUCAUCUUAUUCGCCUUCUCCUUCUUCUCCCUCAUUCUCUCAUGGGUGAUCAUAACUUCAAUCUCCCACCCGGCUUCCGAUUUUACCCUACUGAUGAAGAGCUCGUCGUCCAUUUCCUCCACCGCAAGGCCGCCCUCUUGCCCUGCCAUCCAGACGUCAUCCCUGAUCUUGAUCUCUAUCCCUAUGAUCCCUGGGAGCUUGAUGGCAAGGCGUUGGCGGAGGGGAAUCAAUGGUACUACUUCAGCCGGAGGACGCAGAACCGAAGCACCAACAACGGGUACUGGAAGACAUUGGGCAUUGAUGAGCCUAUUAUGAGCAGUGGUGGGAAGAGAGUUGGCAUGAAGAAAUAUAUGGUAUUUUACAUAGGAGAGGCACCUUCUGGGAUUAAGAGCAGUUGGAUAAUGCAGGAGUACAGGCUUUCCGAUUCUGGUUCUUCUAGUAGUAGCGGUCGAUCAUCGUCCAAAAGAAGAGGACAUUCCAAAAUAGAUUAUAGUAAAUGGGUUGUAUGUAGGGUUUCUGAAAGAAAUAGCGACGACGAUGAUGAUGGGACCGAGUUGUCUUAUUUGGACGAGGUUUUCCUAUCGUUGGAUGAUCUUGAUGAAAUAAGUCUGCCAAAUUAACCAAGAGAAAUUGAGAUGAAUGCUUAAAGUGCUCUCCCAAUUGUAAUGCUUUAUCCAAAUGUAGAAUUACAUUAUUGUUAUUAAGUAGUGAAAUGUUUGUAGCUCCACAUUGUUGACACUCCCCAAGCAAUGCUAAUAUUAUGCUUCUUUUUUCUCCCUUUUGGGGGGAGAAUUACCUAGGGAGACAUAGAUUUUUCACACCCAUGUGGCCUAAGGGAGACAUGUGUGCCACAAAUAUAGAUAUACACAAUCUCCAAGAGAAGGUUCAUCCACCAAUUGAGGCAAAUCAAAAGAUUUCAGAUAACCGAUAUUCAAAGGUGGAGUGUUGUGUUGGGCGAUAUUGUCUUUCCAAGUGUCAAGAGUUGACUUGCAUUGCAUGGAAAGUGUGUAAACUUGGGUGGAAGCAAUCAUAUAGGAGUGUCACGUGAUGGAUAAUUGUGAGGAGGAGGAGGAGGAGGAGGAGGGGGGUGGAGCCCAUGGAGCACUGUGUUGGGAAUGCUCACUUUUGAGCUUUUUGCGGGUAUGAUGGCCUAUGGUAGUUGUCUGGUUGCACAAAGCUACGGAACCAUUUUUUUAUGGGUGGCUGCUUAUGGAAGCAUUGAGUCAUGUGUGAUGCAAGCAUUCGCACAUUUCAACUUCAACUCCCCUUAUGUAUAUUAGUCUCUUUAUAUACGUACGUUUGAAUGAUAAGAUCAUGCAUGGAUGAUUAGUGUUA